CAUGCCCGAGCCAGCAAAGUCCGCGCCCAAGAAGGGCUCCAAGAAAGCCGUCACCAAGACCGCAGGGAAAGGCGGCAAGAAGCGCCGAAAGUCGAGGAAGGAGAGCUACGCAAUUUACGUGUACAAAGUGCUGAAGCAGGUCCACCCCGACACCGGCAUCUCCUCCAAGGCCAUGGGAAUCAUGAACUCGUUCGUGAACGACAUCUUCGAGCGUAUCGCCGGAGAGUCCUCUCGCCUGGCCCACUACAACAAGCGUUCCACCAUCACCUCCAGGGAGAUCCAGACCGCGGUGCGCCUGCUGCUCCCCGGAGAGCUGGCCAAGCACGCGGUGUCCGAGGGCACCAAGGCCGUGACCAAAUACACCAGCUCCAAGUAAACAGCCCAUUUGGAGUGCUGUA